AUGAGACAAGAAGAUGGCGAUGAGGAGGAGAUAAAGACGGUGCAGGAGCAGUGGAGAUGGUCCGAACUGCAAGGCGUCGAGCUCGUCGUCUCAUCUCACUCCGACACCUCGCCGCCGCCCAACCUCAACAACUCCUACGCUUCAUCGUCAGCUGCCAAUCCUAACCCGCCGUCAAUGGAGCCCCACGGCGGCGGCGAACCGAAAAAAAUAGGUUCGCCGCCGCCCUCCGUCGCGUUCCGCGAGCUCUUCCGGUUCGCAGACCGGCUCGAUUACGCGCUGAUGACAAUUGGCACAGUUGGCGCGAUCGUUCAUGGCAGCUCCUUGCCUCUGUUUCUCCGAUUCUUCGCCGAUCUCGUUAAUUUCUUCGGCUCCAAUGCCGAUAAUGUCGAUAAGAUGUCGCAGGAGGUGUUGAAGUAUGCAUUUUACUUUCUUGUAGUUGGAGCUGCUAUUUGGGCAUCUUCAUGGGCAGAGAUAUCAUGUUGGAUGUGGAGUGGAGAGAGACAAUCAACAAAGAUGAGGAUCGAAUACUUGGAGGCUGCUUUGAACCAAGACAUUCAGUUUUUCGACACCGAGGUUCGCACAUCCGACGUCGUUUUCGCCAUCAAUACCGAUGCAGUGAUGGUUCAAGACGCCAUUAGUGAGAAGUUGGGGAAUUUCUUGUUGAAUUUUGUCUUACACCAGUUGGGGAAUUUCUUGCAUUACAUGGCAACGUUUUUGUCUGGAUUUGUGGUGGGAUUCUCUGCAGUGUGGCAGCUAGCUCUGGUCACUCUUGCUGUAGUUCCUCUCAUAGUUGUGAUCGGAGCCAUUCACACAAUCACACUAGCUAUGUUCUCUAGCAAAAGCCAAGAAGCUCUGUCACAAGCUGGAAACAUUGAUAAAGGAGGAGAAAGUGAAGAUGGGUGCGACGUCGUUCGAGGCAAUGAGGAGAAGGGUUUCGAAAGGGGCGUGGCUAGGGCUCCAAAUGUCGAUGGGAUUACUGGUGGGUGGGAACCACACCUCCUCCAGGUUCUGCACUCGCUAAAUUCUGGGUUUUUGUUACUCUCUUUGGAUUUCCUUCUCCUUGAAUCUAUUCAUAAUCGUUAG